AUGGCCACCGGCGCCGCAGAUGGAUUUCUCCGGCCAAUUUACGAAGGUAGUAUUUCCGGAUACGACCACAGCGUGGAGCGUCGUCCUUACCAUCGCAAAUGCGGCUGUACGCUUCAUAGCAAAUCUAAGAAAAAAUCAUGCGUAAAUAAAUCUCCAAUUUGUAGCAGCAAAAUAGCAUAUCCUUUAAGAAGAGCGUGGAGUGAAGGCAAUUUGGCUUUAUCUGCUUCAACUUAUUCUUCUCCAUCUCCUUCUGCUUCUCCUCUUGGUGGUGUCAAAUCUCGACGAAGUUACGUCGAUCUUCAAACCCAAUUCGAUGAUUCUCUUCUCGGUGGUGUCAAAUCUCGACGAAGUUACGUCGAUCUUCAAACCCAAUUCGAUGAUAAAAUUUGUGGUUUGUUUGAGGUUAAUCAAUCUUUUUAA